AUGGCGCGACGUUACCAGAUCGAUGAGCUGCUAUGGCUACGCUCGUCGCCUCUGGUCACCAAGCCCACCAACUUACCUCCGGUAGAAGAAUGGAUGGGCCCGAUACCCGACCCAACGACACAGCGAAAAUCCACCGGCCCUCGCGAUCCCAGUAAUCCUAAUGAGACAACACCUCGAAGAUCGAGUAUCUUUGAAUCACGUCAUAUCUCCCGGAAUUCGAAUUCAGAGAUCAUCGCUAACUCGGGGGUUUGCGAAUUCCUUCUAGAGGACAUUAUCCUUGGGCCACCGAAGACUGCAUUUGCGUCUGCAUCCCGCGUACCGGGCAAGGGCUCGAUAGAUGCUACGGAACGGCCGUCUAGGCAACCUGAUUCGGAUGAUACCAAAAAUGACCGUUUAAACUUCCGCGGAAAGUUCUUCAAGGAUAGGGAAGCCGGCGAUAAUAACUUUGACCGACGAGAUGGGAAAACCGAUCCUUUCACUCCCCGUCGUGGGGACAGAGAUGACUGGAAUGCCGGUCGUCCCCGUCGCCCCUUUGGUCAGGAUGAAAACGAGAGGAAACCAAGACGUAACGGGGAAUUUGAUAGGUGGGAAUCUCGUGACUUCAACCGGGACCGCGAUCAGCAAACUCCGAAUUUUGAACGAGGAGCCAGAGAUAAGGACAGUCGAUUCUUUCCUCGGAAGGAUGGCCAGCCGGGGCGUGCCCGACAUGAAGGAAGUUGGUUCCGCGAUGAGAGCAACCAGGAUGGACCCGAUGGCGAAGAAGAGAAGACGCCGAUACGGAGCCGAGAUUGGCGUCGAGACCGACAUGGAGCUGAUCGUGACUGGACCCGCGGUGCCAAAUUUGAACAGGAGCCUGAGUGGUUGGAUUCAACUGAUAAGGAUGAACCCCGAAGGGUGCACACCCAGGAAGAUUUUGAGCGCUGGAAAGAAAGGAUGAAAGCAGGAUCUUCGCAAGCUCCUGUAGAGGAGAAGAAAGAGACUUCUGCAGAACCAACUCCUAUCCCUACCCAGAAACCGGAGCCCAGGCCAACCGACGGUGAAAUCUUCAGCAGCAAUGGCGCACCCUUCCAAUCAGAUACGGCAAUGGAACGCUUCUUCGGGCUUCUAGUUGAGCAGAAACCUCCCCAGGAAACCAGUACCUCAUCACCUUUGGAGGCUACCGUGGUCAGCCAGGCUACCCCUAAGGAAAACAUACCUCCGAAAUCUUUCAAAUCUUCUCGCUUUGCUGGGCUGUUCAGUCCACCUCCCGGCAGUCCGGCGAAAGAGUCCGACUUUCAGAUCGGAAAUAUGUCUCCUACUGUUCUGCCGUCAACUACUGAUGCUGAUCAGGAAGGGUUCCAGCGUAUUCUACAGAUGUUGGGGGGAAGCAAGUCACGCAAUGCUACUCCUCAUAAUGACACCGCGCAACCCAAUCGGCCUCCCUCUCUCCCCCAAAUAGAUUCUAUUCAGAGUGCUAUCUCCUCUCCUUCCCGGGAGCAGAUCAAACGGCCAGACCCCAUGCUCAUGCAGGAUAGCUCUAUUCGGAGUGCUGGACCCGCUGUGGACCCUCAAGCCCGAGAACGGGAGCACUUGCUUCGCUUGAUGCAACAAGUCCGUGUCACCCCAGUCACAAAUCAGGUUCAAGGUAAUCAUGGUCUACCUCAAAGCGCCGGUGCGGCUCCUGGUAUGAUGCACAUGCCAGAAAUGCUCCCACCCCCUCCAGGGCUCGCAUCUGCGCCUAAAGUUCCUAACUUCAUUGACGACCCGGCGAUUGCUAAUAUGCAGAGGGCGGAUCAUGACCAACUGCGACGACGACCCGCGAACGGGCCUCCGAUGGGUUACUUCGAAGACAUGCCGUUCCCUCAAGGUCGCCAAGUUCCUAUCACCCCGGGUGGAAGCCGAGCUCCUCAGGGUCAGGGUCUACCUGGAAUGGGAGUCCAGAGACCGCCCGGUUUUGAGCACUUGCCGCCUCCGGGAUGGGCCGGCCACCAGCUCCCUCCCCAGCAAGGUGGUGGUCCUGGGCCCCUCGCUCCCCCACCGGGUAUUCCGACCCCAACGAGGGGCGUCAAUCCGAACUUCAUGUCUAAUAUGAUGCCAAUGCAUGGCAAUGUUCCACCACUCGUCGAACGCCAACCCUUCCCACGUGGUGCUGGCGGUAGUGGCUCGGCAGGUUUCCCGCCUCCCCCGAUGAUGCCUCCUCCGGGUUACAUUAACGGCCCUCCCCCGUCUGGUUUUCCGCCUAUGCCACCCAAUGCUGAAGCCCUGAUGGGCCUUGGUCAUGGUGGCCAGGGGCCUUUUGACGGCAACCCCGGUCCACAGGGACCUCCGCCUUCUUCUCGGCACCUAUUGGAUAUGUUUGGGCAAGUCGGGGCUGGAGACGCUAGGGGUGGCAUGCUGGGCGAUAUGAUGGACGAGGUCGAUUUCGAGCUUUGCUUAGACAUCGAUCAAUAUGUGCGUGGUUUCUCUUCCAUAGCCAUCCGAGCGAAAGCCCCAGACGAAGAAAUUCCCCCAUGUCCAAUACUCACCUCGAAAAACAAAACACAGGUACCCACCCCCCGCCGCGAGCCAAAGUGGCAAUCUACCCAGUCCACCACCGACACAGCGAGACAAGAUAGCACGACAAAACCCAACCCCAAGGUGCGCAGACAUGAGGACCUAGAAGGGGGCACCGAGAUCGACAAUGACCCGGUCAACACUGAACGGGGCCACAAGAAGCUCAAAACCACAGAGAAGCCGGAGUCCGAUCUCCCAAAUGACGAGGGGAUGUACCAAUACCCACAUGCCAGUCCGGAAGCCAAACACACAGCUACUACUCACCAUGACCAAAACAUGGGCUCUGGGUCUGACACUGAGCCGGAUACCCGCAGCUCGGUCACUGGGGCCAAUGUCUCGACGGAGGUUGACGAAGGAGCAAUGGACAUCGAGACGGAGACAGACGUGGAGGUCCAUACUGAUGAUAUUCACAACAGACCCUCCUCUACCUACAUUGUUCACCCGUCACAUCUCUUCCCCAUCUACGAGGACACCGAUAACUCGCAUCUGGAAAAUCACUCAAUUCUCACGUCGAGAUUCACUACGUAUUCCUCCCCGGACGAAGAUAAAGAAAACUCCACGGAGGAUGAGUACGAGCAGCUGCCCCGUCAGCGAGUUAGUGCUAACCCCAGAAUGUGGGCUCGUCCGCCGACUGAUCGGUUCUUUGCCGGGGAUUUCGGUUCCGGAUACCAAGUGCUCGAUGGACCUCGGGACGGGUAUCAUAUGGAGGAGACCGAUACCGAAGUUGAGGAUGGGUCGGUGAGUGAUGACGGCCAUUUCGAUGUCGAUGUUCGGGGGGUCGAGAUGGAGGAUCUUAGAGAGUCGUUCCAUGCGUUGAGUGCUUUUUUUCAUCCUUUAACUUUCCAUUUGCCCUCUCAGCUUCCUUCUCCAAGGUCGAGUGAGGCCGAGGGUCGGGUUGGUGGUGCUCAGCGUCGUUGCUUGAGGCCUCGCCCUGUUGUGUAUUUUGAGUGA